AUGGAAAGCGUAAACAUUGGCGGCGGCAAGGAAAGACCCUUCACCGAGGCACAAAAUGAUUAUCUUCAAGAGUAUUACCCUGAAGCAGACGCCCACCUCAAAGAAAAUGAUUUCAAAGAACUGCUAAAGAGCCUUCAGCAGGAGGAAAAGAAGUUGACUGACAGAAAAGAUGUGGAUCUUCCCCCGAUGCACAUAGCAAUUACUGCUGUUUUUCAACAAGCAAAAAAACUUUGCAGUGAUGCUCCAUCUUUGGUGAUUGCAGAUUAUGUCAUCUCUGAAACAUUCAAUCGGAACGAGAUAUUCACAACAGCCAUGAAGAAUAUGCCGGAUGAUGAGAGAAACAAACUUUUCAAAGUGAAACCGGAAUUCAUAAAAAGAGGGUCCGGAACUGGAAAGACUAUUAUUGUGAAGGAGAUAGCGAAGCUAUUUGCAGAAAGAGAUGAAGUACUAUUAGUGAACCUAGCGGGUGGAGAGCUCACAAAGCGCUUCCGAGGAGAAUUCCAGGGGGCACAUCAAGGCCCCCAACCCACAGAUACUACCUUCCCAACUACAAGUAGGGGGAUACCAAUCAAUCCGAAAACACUGUAUGUCGAUGGGGCGAAAUUCAAACCAUGGUCAACGACUGCCCCAUAUACUCCUUCCGUGGUGGUACUGCCGAAUUACAUCUUGCAACACCGGAAGCUCCAUCACCACUGA